AUGUUUGUUUUCACCUGGUGUAACACAGGCCGUGGUACUGGUUUUAACUUUGCGUGGCCUAUUAAGUUCAUAAAGUCCACUAUUAGGAAGAAAGGAGUUUCUAAUGAAGCGGUGAUAACCGGUCUUCCUGGAAAGACAUUAGUUGGAUUUGUUUGUCAGUACUAUAAAUGCUAUCUCGCUUUGGAUGUAGUUUGUAGUACAUUCUUGCUUUCUGAAAGUCGUGUCAUCAUGAUUUAUCACAGAAUUUUAGCUUUUAUCGUCUGCAUUUCACUAUUUAUAAAUCAGUCACAAAGCAAAAGUUGUGAUGAAGACGAUACGUUAAAGAAGAGUGGAUUCAGCGAGGACGCACAUACAGUUGCUACUCCUAGUGCUACAAUAACCAAAGAACAACCAGAGAAGCAACCGUGUGAUGUUGGGUUUCACUGUAUCCCUGUCGUGCAUUGUGGACCCCUGAUGUAUUUAGUGAAUCUGCAAAGACCGGUACCAAAGGAGCUGCUGAGAUUUCUGAGAUCACAAAUCUGUGCAACAAACGCGAAGUUUCCCAAAGUUUGUUGUAAAAUGACCACCUCAUCUAGUUUAAAGGAGUUCUCUACAGUUACAACAGCCAUGGAGAGAUUAUCAGCAACAACAAUGUCUCUAGAAGAAAAAUCUGUCAGAUUGAACAAAUUUUUUAACCGAUUUAAUGACUUGAUAAUCUAA